AUGCUCAAAGCUAGUGCGCCGCAUCUUGUUUGGGCAGCCGGUCACUUUUUCACAUUUUUUGCCGGUGUGCGGUACCUGAUCACGAUCGCUACCUUCUCAUGGUCUGGCUAUGACUUUUGGUACCGUCUUGCGUACUUGGGCGCGAUUGUCAGCUAUGGUGUUGUUAUCUACAAGAGCUUCGGCGUGCCUCGCACCGACAAAGCAUAUGUCCAGCGUGCGUUGAUGGACGAAAACGUGCAGUACCUUGUGAUUGCCAUGUACUGGUGCUGGAUCAAGCCCAUUUCUCUGACCCUUGUCCCGUAUAUCACUUUCUCCCUCUUCCAUCUCCUUACUUUCACGCGCACUACAAUCCUCCCCUCGAUUACCCCGGCCUCGCAGUCGGCGGAUGGCAAGUCCACACCAGCAGGUGGCAACUUGGCCAAGACCAUCCAGGCGUGGGUGAAGGAGAACUACGACCGUGCCAUGCGCUUUGUGUCGUACGCGGAGCUUGUGAUCUUCAUGCGGGUCUUGAUCGGCGCGAUCCUCUUCCGCAACUCGCUCCUUGCUCCAUUGCUGUAUGCUCAUUUCCUGCGCCUGCGCUUCUACAUGAGCAGCUUCACUCGUUCGGCGCUGCAGCAUGUACGCGGCGAGAUUGAUCAGCUCACGCAGCACUCGUCGUGUCCACCAGCUGUGCGCAAGGGCUACCUGAUGCUUACAGACCUUGUUACGCGGUACGCCAGCACCGUGCUUAGCAUCAACAAGAGCCAGCAGGCCGCCGCGUCGGCCGGUGCUACGCCCGCCUCGGCGACGUCCACGUCGGCCACGCCCGCGGAUCCGACCAAGCUGAAGACGCGCUAA